UUCCUUGUCGUUUCAGUGAAAGUAAUCGCACACAUCCCGAACCGGGCAUUUCGUAUAAAAACGCUGACUGAUCGGACUGAUGGCACACUCGAUCCAAAACUACCACGAGAAACAAUGAAGUGCUUCGCGAUUCUGCUGUUGGCAACCGCCGUGUUGGCGGCCGAGAAGUCGGGAGACCCGAAGAAUCACGGCAAACGGAGUGUGGUGGGUGAUCAUGGUUACGGUCUAGGCGGUGUCACGAGUUACGGUUUAGGCGGUAUCUCAGGUUACGGUUUAGGCGGUAUCUCAGGUUACGGUCUAGGAUAUGGUCUGGGAGGAUACUCGACUGGACUCGGCACGAAGGUACUCGGGUCGGGACUCUCAGGAAUCGUCGCGGGUAACAACCUCGCUUCCGCCUAUGCUUCUGGACUAGGAUAUGGUUUAGGAGGAUACUACGGAGGUUACAGUAACCCUUCUUACCUCAUCGGUGCUGGUCACGCCACCGGAUUCAAUGCAUUACCCUUGGCGCAUGGUAAAACUGAGCGCAUCACCGGUCUUACUGUACAUCGCGAAGUCCAAGUGCCAAUUGCGGUGCCGCAUGCAGUUCCAGUCGAAGUAACCAAACCCGUACCCGUCGCACAACCCGUACCUUACAAAGUAGACCGUCCCUAUCCCGUUCCAGUAGCGCAACCAGUACCUGUCCCUGUCACUCGACAUGUACCCGUAAAAGUUGACCGUCCCUACCUCGUUCCGUAUGCGCGAACCGUCGAAGUACGCGUACCACAACCAGUACCAGUACCAGUAUCGCAGCCGGUACCCGUUGCAGUUCCCGUCACGAAACACGUGCCGGUUUCCGUGCCAUCUGCCAUCGCAGUCGCACCAUCUACCUUCGCAUCAUCAGCUCUUGGCUCCGCGACUAUUGCCUCCGGAAUUGCGCCCGCUGAAUACGUCGGUCUAGGAUCCGGCAGUCUGGGAACCAUUUCGUCUGGUACGGCUCUGGGUACCGGACUGACUACCGGUCAUCUUGCCAGUGGCUUGGACAGCGGCAUCAUCUCAAGCGGUUUCACCAGCGGUCUCGCUAGUGGUGCGGAACAUAUUGGACUCAGCAGCGGCGUGGAGCAUGUUGGACUCAGCAGCGGCUUGGAGCAUGUUGGAUUCAGCAACGUACACCCAACUGGAUACACCAACAUUGUACACCCAACUGGGUAUACAUUGGGAUCUACCGGCGCGUUUGUGGCGUCUCACGAUGCUCUCAAUGGCGCAUAUCCAUUGAAGAAGUGGUAAACUCAAUUCGACAACUCGAUUGGACGUGUGUCUUUUAAAGCGCUUCUCGGGCGUAAUUUAUCGAACGUGCACAAAUACCAAUUGUAUUAUGUACGUUUUCGAAUAAAUUUAUUUUUAUACA